UGGCGCCCAUCCCGCGGACCCGGCUCGUUUCUCCGCCCUGCCCGCCCGAUCCCGCACGGAGAGCGGGAGCUGCAGCCGCAGCCUGCCGGGGCCGCCCCGCCGGCGGGGGCUCUUCUCCCCGGACUCCCUCUCUGCCGGUUUGCCGAUCUGCCUCGACUUGGCUUUCGCCACUGCCCGCCUGGAAGUGCGCGGUGCGCGCCGCCGAGCUGAGGGGGCGGGCGGAGUUGCGCCUGGGAUUUCCUCCUCCUGGCAAACUUUGGUACUUGCUGUCGCUUUGAACCUGCGAGCGGAGGAGACAGCGUCCCGCCGGCGCUCCCGGCGCGGGGCUACCGAAGAGUAGCUGCCGGUGUGGUUGGAGAAGGACCCGCGCUCAUUGAUGACCACAAAUGUUAGCGGUGGGGCAGAUGGAUGCUAAUCGCCAGAGCGCGUUCGUCCUCAGCAGUACGCCGCUGGCCGCGCUGCACAACAUGGCCGAGAUGAAGACCUCCCUCUUCCCCUACGCCCUGCAGAACCCCUCCGGCUUCAAGGCGCCGGCCCUGGGCGGACUCAACACGCAGCUGCCCUUGGGGACGCCGCAUGGGAUAAGCGACAUCCUGGGGCGGCCCGUGGGAUCCACCAGCAACCUGCUAGGCGGGCUGCCCCGCAUCAACGGGCUGGCGGCCUCGGCCGGGAUGUACUUCAACCCCGCCGCCGUCUCCCGCUACCCGAAGCCGCUGGCGGAGCUGCCGGGGCGGCCGCCCAUUUUCUGGCCGGGAGUGGUACAAGGCUCUCCCUGGAGGGAUCCUCGGCUCGCCUGUCCCGCUCAGACGGGGAUGGUUUUGGACAAGGACGGCAAGAAGAAACACUCGCGGCCGACUUUCUCUGGGCAACAGAUUUUUGCUUUGGAGAAGACCUUCGAACAGACGAAAUACUUGGCAGGACCGGAGAGAGCCCGCCUCGCCUACUCGUUGGGGAUGACCGAGAGCCAAGUCAAGGUCUGGUUCCAGAACAGACGGACCAAGUGGCGGAAGAGGCACGCGGCGGAGAUGGCCUCGGCGAAGAAGAAGCACGACUCAGAGACAGAGAAGCUGAAGGAGAGCUCGGACAAUGAGGACGAUGACGAGUACAACAAGCCCCUGGAUCCCAACUCAGACGACGAAAAAAUCACGAGGCUAUUGAAAAAGCACAAACCCACGAACCUGUCCCUCGUCAGCCCCUGCAGCACCAGCUCGGACACCUUGUGAGGGUGCGGCACCGGCAGCGGGCAAGCCGCUGUGCUGGGCACCGCGACCGGGGCUAGCUGUAUCUGGAUGUGCAAAGUGGUGUGUUGUACAGCCUGAGAUGUAUGUGAAAUGUAUAUAUUUUUUACAGAAUAAGUUAUGAAAUUAUUUUCCUUCUCAUCGAUGUAAAUUGCAGAGGAAUUUUUCCAACUUUCUGGUUUUUGUGUCCCUCUAAGGUCUCCCCAUAUCCCUUUCUUUUAGCCUUCUUGCCGACUUCCUGCUUCUAACAAUCAGAUUUUGUUACGUUUUGUAUGGGUCACCAAAUCCAAGCUCAGCCACUUUGUAUAUAGUAAAUUUCAGAUUUUGUGAUGUAUAUUUCUAGUGUAAAAAAGGCUGUUUUCUUUCCCUCCCUCUACUCAGUGUUUUUGGCGGUUUGAUUUCUCCUGCCUCCGGAUUUUAUGCUUAAUAAUA